CACUAGUCUACCUCCGCCGCCCAGCCGCACCACACGACGCUCCCCAUCGCCCCCGCCGCACACGCCGCCUUGAUCCCUCCUCCCCCCAGGCCCAUGCCGGAGCCGCCUCCUUCCCCCAUGUUGUGCCGCCGCCGCCUGGUUCCAGAUCUGAAGGUUGGAUUUUGCGCGGUGGACCAACGGCGCGUCCAUCCCCAAGGGCCCCUGGCCAUGGCAGUCGUCGUUCAUGUCCACCUCCACUACCAUUACCCCCCUCCUCCGCCCGUCGCCUCGCCGACCCGGCCUCUUAACCUCGCCAUGGCGCUCCCCCCACCCCCGCGCUCCUGACUACCCACCUGCGCCCGCCCCCACCUGCCACCUCGCCGUCACCAGCACAGAUGAGCGGGAGGCAGAUGAGGAGUUUGUGGUGGUCACAUACAAUCUGGUGCCCGUCGACGACCCCCGCGCACCACUCCACUACGAACAAUCACUUAUUCAGCCGAAGCGGACGAAGUGGCUGGUCCUGCGAGUGGCGGUGGUGGUCGCCUACGUGGCGCAGGCGGGCGGCGGGUGUCGCCCCCGUGGCAGCAGCGCAGGUGGGCGGUGGCGUUGGGCCCGACGGUGGAUGCGUUGGUCGCUCCUGUGGGUGACGGUGGUCGAGCUGCGCAGGUGGCCGGAGGUGGUCGCCUCGGUGGCGGCGAUGCAGGUGGGCGGCGGCGUUGGACCCGAUGGUGGCUCACGCGGGCGGCGGAGGCGGCGGUGUUGGACGAUUUUUUUGUUGUUGUUGCAAAAAUCACAAUGAACUACGGUCUGCGACAAGCUUUUCUUUAGUUUUUAUGUCUUGACUCAUACUCGUAUCAUGUUUUUAAUUUAUUUAGUUGAACGAGAAACCGAAUCAGUAUUUCUAUCUAUUAUCCUUUAUUGCA